GCAAAUAAACGUCAAUAGUCGAUUUUGGCAGCCCAUCUGACAGGUUCUGAUGAACGUGAAAGUCGUGGUGUAAAAUUUUCAGAUUUCCUACGCUAAAUUUGCUGUGAAAAAGAUGUCCAACACAACGCAUCGGUAUCGGUACAAAAAUGUUGGUCUGGACUCCACAGAAAUGCGGCGCCGGCGGGAGGAGGAAGGAAUUCAAUUGCGAAAGCAAAAACGUGAACAACAGCUGAUUAAGCGUCGUAACGUCAACGUGGCUGACGAGAUCGAUCAGGAAGCAAUUCUUUCGGAUGAGACGACAUCGACCGAUAACCGGUCGCUUAUACAACCGGCAGUCAUCAAUGCAUUGUAUAGCGAAAACGUCGAAGAACAGCUGAUUGCCACACAAAAGUUUCGCCGGUUGCUCUCCAAAGAGCCAAACCCUCCAAUCGACAUGGUAAUCAAGCACAACAUCGUACCACGGUUGGUACAAUUUUUGGGAAAUUCGCAAAACUCUACACUACAGUUUGAAGCUGCCUGGGCACUCACAAACAUCGCAUCCGGUACGUCAGAACAAACGAGCGUAGUGAUAGCAGCCGGCGCUGUGCCAAUCUUUGUCGAUCUUAUGAAAAGUCCCCACGAGGAUGUGCAGGAGCAGGCGAUUUGGGCGUUGGGUAAUAUUGCUGGUGACUCUCCCGAGUGUCGGGAUUGUGUAUUGGAUCACGAUGUGCUGGAACCUUUGCUACACGUUUUGAGUACCUCUCACCGUCUAACAUUAACGCGCAACGCUGUCUGGGCGCUGUCAAAUAUGUGCAGAGGUAAGAAUCCUCCACCCGAUUUUACGAAGGUCGAGAAAUGCCUCCCCAUCCUGUCGCAACUAAUGUUCCACAACGAUGUGGAGGUGCUGGGCGAUGCGGUGUGGGCUGUCAGCUAUUUGUCCGACGGUUCGAACGAUAACAUCCAAGCCGUUAUCGAUGCUGGUUGCAGUCGGCGUUUGAUCGAGCUUCUUUCGCACAGUCACAACAACGUGGUGUCUGCGGCGUUGCGCGCGGUAGGCAAUAUUGUCACCGGCAACGACACCCAAACGCAGCUGAUCCUGAACUGCAAUGCCUUACCCUCCAUUCUGCAGCUGCUCAGCUCCACGAAAGAGGCGGUCCGCAAGGAAGCGUGCUGGACCAUCUCGAACAUUGCGGCCGGCAACCGGAAUCAGAUCCAGGCAGCGAUCGAUGCCAACAUCUUCCCGAGCAUAAUCGAUCUGCUGCAGAAAGCCGACUUCAAAACCCGAAAAGAAGCCGCCUGGGCUAUCACGAACGCAACUAGCGGUGGUACUGUACAACAAAUCAAGUAUCUAGUUGAUGUCGGUUGCAUACCGCCCAUGUGCGAGUUGCUGACCGUAAUGGAUCCCAAAAUAGUUACCGUAGCACUAAACGGGUUGGAGAACAUUCUGAAGGUGGGCGAAGAACAACGAACCAAACCGAACCCAUACGCUGUAAUGAUCGAAGAAUGUUACGGGCUCGACAAGCUGGAGUUUUUACAAUCGCACCAGAACAAUGAUAUUUACGAGAAGGCAUUUAGCAUAAUCCAAAAGUACUUUAGCAACGACGACGAGGAUCUGGCGGUGGCACCGAGCACGGAUAACAAUCAGUUUCAGUUCAAUGCAGACCAAUCGGUGCCAAUGGAUGGGUUCCAAUUUUAAAACCACUCCCUCCCUCUCUCUAUCUCCCUUACUCCCCCUCCUAAUCUGCACAACCCCAAACAAGCUCUGCGAUAUUUGGACUCCCGGAAUGUUGUUGGCUGUGUGGGAAAGUUUUCCUUCCCGGCAAACAUUCCGGUGCUUAUUAACAUCCGCCAACACAGGGUUAUAUUUGUAAUGGCAGAGAAUAACUAGGUGGGCCAUCAUGAAUGGCAAUAGAGAAUUUCGGAGACACGAAACGUGAUCAGCCCAUCAGACGGUAGAAACCACAGGUACAUAUAUACAUACAAAACACUCCCACUUCAUUUUUCGUGUUAAAUUGCGCAUGGGAGUAGUUCGUAGUCUACAAAUUAUAAAUAUAACCAUGUAAAGAGAAAUUUUACGUUAAAAAGAUGCCGAAAUACGGGAGAUAGGGAUUACGAAAUGCUAUCGAUAUGAUGAAGAUAUGAGCAAGCUUAUCUAAUUUAUUGUACAUCCAGGCCUUAAUCUUGUUGCAUCCCUCUUCUCCUUUUGUAUAUCCGACGCUUACACUAGAGACUCUUCCGUAACAAUAGGCCAUCAAAGUCGUACAUACAAAGUCACCGGGAAAAAAAAACCAAACAAACUGGAGAACACCUAUAGUAGGUAGAUUGCUAAGACCUAAAGGACAUUUUUUCCGAAUGACGUGCGGAAACAUUACUACUGAUACAUAUAUACAUCAAUUUACAUGUUUUUUAACUCAACUUAAAACCACCUCCGGCUAACGAAACAUCUCCCUUUCUUCUAUGUUCUUAUUUGGCGUAACGAUCCACUAGAACGUUCCGACUGCGUACUGGUUUAAAAUACCUUACUGUUAUGGCGAAUUCGGAAAGUCACCCAGCUAGACGCAUCCGAUUCGAUGUACCCUUAAAUCAUCCAUAAUUUAACGGGUAUUUUUAGGGUAAACUAUGGGCGAAAUAGCAGUCGUUAAUUUACUCAUCUGUGCAGUUUAACAUAUUGAUAUUGAUGAGUCAAGGUUUGCUAAAAUGAGGGAACAUCUUUUACUGACCACGGCAAGAAUAAACGUCGUACUACGUCUUAAUCUCAUUUUCUAGCCAUAAAUAUCUUAAAACGCGUCACUUUUGGAGGCGUCAUUACGUUGCCACAUGCGAAUGGCAACGAAGCCUUAUGAAGAAAACUGCUCAAAUGGGUAAAGUAACAGCGGUGUCGCCGUACUGGGCCUUUCUUGUGGAACUGCUGGAACGGGAUCGGCGUGUUGUUCAGAUCAAUGGCACGCCACGCUGAGACCGAUCCGCCAACCAGCUUUGCUUGUAAGCUUUUGUAAUAUGCUUUAACCAUGUGUAAAGGAAAAUGUGUUUCUACCACUGCUCCCUAUAUCAUUUUUCAACAUUGCUGGAUAAAGAGUUUUGGUUAGUUUUGUUAAUACCGACAACCUCCCGCACAAUAAACGCCCUCUAAAACCUGUGAAAACCAGGGAACAGAGGAAUGUCGUCCGUAGCCGAUUAAUAAAUUGAAAUAUUCCAACCUCACACCAACGCAAGGGUGGUCUCUGGUGGUGACUAGACUACCGCGUAUGCCGAUUGUUCGCAAAACGAAAAAAAAACAAACCUAAAUUAACAAUAAAAAUAUUCACCAUUUAUCUCU